AUGAGAAAUAAUCCUGAGUCAAAAUACUAUGAAGUCCAAGAAAAUACUUUGAAUGCCUUUCAUAAGUGUAGAACAGACGAUCUAACGAAUCAAUUUUUCCGAAGAAAUCCAAGAUCAAGGGCAAAUUCAUCAAUCUCGAAUUUAGAUAUAAUUGAUAUAGAAAAUGCAUCUCGUAAUGAUAGCAGGCGGUCCUCUGGAAAUUUUUUGCAAGUAAUUCAUGAUUCAAGCCAGCAAGCUUCAUUUUCUGAAGUCUCAAGAGAGGAUUUUCAUAAGCAGAUAACUGCAUUAGAGCAAUCCUUUCACAAGCAAUUUCAUAAAGAAUUUACACAAAAUCUAUUCACAUCGAUGGAAACACUUAGGACUUUAAAAUCAUUAGCAAUGAACCCGGACAACAUGAACUUUGAUGAUCAAGCAUUAUUAAAAGGAUAUAUAAAAAUACGCGAACAGAAUCCGUUUGAAUAUAUUGAAAACAUUCGUGAUAAGUUUCCAUUAAUUCUUUUAAGAAAAGCGCUGCUACGUAUUAAAGCUUCAAUUGCUCAGCUUUGUAAUAUAAUCGUCUCAAACCCAAUUUUCGAAGUUUUAAUUGUACUCGUAAUAUUAUCAAAUGCAGUGGUUUUAGCAGUCGAAAAUCCCAUUUCAAAUAACAAUUCUUCAAUCCUAACUACGAUGGAUACUUUAUUCCUAUAUAUCUAUACAUCUGAAUGCGCUAUGAAAUUAAUCGGAAAAGGAGUUAUUUUUACAAAAGAGGCUUAUUUUAAAGACCCGUGAAAUAUCCUUGACUUCGUUAUUGUUGCUACGGCUUGGGCAUCAUAUUAUGCGAAUCAAGGAGUAAAUUUGAGCGCUUUGCGAUCUCUCAGAAUUUUGCGUCCUUUGAAGACAAUUUCUUCAAUUCAGGGUUUACGAGUUCUAUUUUUAGCUUUUUUUGGGUCUCUACUCCCUCUUCUGAAUAUUUUGGCUAUUCUAUUCUUUUUUCUUUUGAUAUUUGCGAUUGGCGGGGUGCAGCUAUUUAUGGGAUUAUUUAAAUACUCAUGCAUAAAUUCAGAAACAGGGCAAUACCUAUAUCCAAAAAGCACUGAGCAAGUAUGUGGGGCUCUAACAUGUCCUUUAGGCUAUUAUUGUGUAAAUAGUUUGAACAACCCUCUUUAUGGUAUGAUGAAUUUUGAUAAUGUGAUAUUUUCUUGAUUGCAAUGCUUUACUGCAAUAACAGAGGAAAGCUGAGCUCAUAUGAUGAUCAUUGGAGAAAAAUCACUGUCACAGCCAAUAUCAAUUAUUUUUUUUGUGUCUUUGGUUUCACAUAAUAAAACGGUUACGUACGUAAGUGCUUGUUUGUGACAAAAAUUCAUUCUCUGUGAUAUUUAUUAUUAUAGGGUUCAGUUUUUAAACGUCACCUUUAUCCACAAACCAAUAUGGGACUACUGCAUAGGGUAGCUUAUUGACCCAAAGAACAAAUGAGACUUAUACCCGAGGAGGGUGACCUUUAGGUGGAAUACCCGCUGGAGUCAGUUUUGGUUAGGCCAAACGCAGCCUGUGAAGAGCAUCUGCCCUUUAUCAUUUUCUGGAAUGCUUGCUAGAAAAGAUGGCUGCUGACGUCGCCACUUGGAAUCUAACAGGGGCUUUUCUUCCUGCUGAAGAGGGAAAAAUGCAUAAAUUUAAAUAAUUAAGCAAUUGUCUUUGGUUCACUAGGAAGUUUUUUAAUGCUUAGCUUAAUAGAAGUUAUUUUAUAUUCGAAUUUUUCUCGUGAAAUGGAAAAGGUUAGGGUUAAACAGUCAGCAAAAGAAAUUAUAGAGGAAGAAUCAGCUGACUCUUCUGUGAUAGAAAAUUUAGGCAUUGGUCAAGAUUCACCUCUUAUAAUUGAUGAGGAAAAUGGGUUUCCCGAGCAUAUAGUAAACGAUCCUGGAGAUAGCUUAUUUUAUAAAAAUCCAGGAAAUAAUGAAGAAAAUAAAAAUAUUGUGAAAAAUGAAGGAUAUCAGGGGCUUGCAGAUGACGAACAUAAAAAUGAAACAUUUGGACCAUCAGUCCACGAUCCUAUGUCAAAAAGCUUAAAAAUCAAUCUUAACUUGGUGGAGACUUUUUAUUAAAAUGGCAAGAGCUUUUAUCCACGUCUCCAGUGGCUGGCCUUAGUCUGAAGAUUUUGGGAAUACAUUUUGGGUAGAUUGUGGGUUUUUAGUUGCCUUUUAAAGGCAGCAUAUUGAUCCUUCAGAAUUAUUAGUUGUGCUCCAUCAUAUUGUCUUGUGAUUUGAGGUAAACAGCUUAGGCUAGCUCUAGAACGAGGAAAUAGGUGAUUCUUGCAUUCUAAGCACUAUCAGGGUUAAUGAUAGUACUUUGUCAUACAAUCUGAUCCAGCAGGAUUAGGCUUGUCUCCCGACUAGACUGUUGAUGCUACCAUUUUUCAUGCAUUGAGAAAAAAGAGUGCAAGAGUAAGCUGGUGGCUAAUUCCACUUCGAGCCCGAAGCAAGCAAGGCGGAAAAAGGCUGAAAUAAUUCUCCAAGAUCCACUCUAGCUUUAAAUUAAUCUAUUUAACUUGGUAGAAGAUUUAAGUAACGAAGAAAUCUCCCAAGAAAUAGAUGAGCCUAAUGAAAAUGAACUAGUACCUUUAUCAAGGCAUCAAAGUAUUGACGCAUCUCCUCGAAGUUCUCACGAAUAUGAAGAAAGAAAUGUAAAAGGGCUUAUCCAGCUAAGAUUAAUUCCAACCCGAAGAGAGAGCAUUAAUUUUUUAAGGCAAAACUCUUCAAUUGAAGACUAUGAAAGCUCUGUGAGCCUAAGCAAGCUCCCAUUAUUAAACCAAAGUGUUGAAAACACUGUUUUAGUUACAGAUUCAAAAGAUAAAACAAUAGUCAAUGACAAUAAAACAGACUAUGAUAAAAGGAGGUCAAUUACUACCAAAAUUAGUUCUUUGGCAACAAAUAAUAUUAGGGAACAACGAAGAACUUCAGUUGACAGCACAGUUUUUCCAAUGAUUAAUAGAGUAAAAAAUAUCAAAAUAAGAAAGGAUUUGCUUCGACGAAUGAAGCAUGGCGAGCAUCGAGCCAAAGUAAAAAUUUCAGUUGAUGAGCAUUAUGAAGUGGAGAUGACGUCAUUGAAUGAUGUAAUUCCAAAAGAACCCAAAAAAUCAACUCACCAGAAUCCUUUUGCUGUAUAUAGAUUCUCGUAUAGAGGGGGAAAAAAUGUUUUAGCUGACUUAGAAAAAUUAACCCAGCGCUGGGAUAACAAGAUUUGUGAUAUUUUAGAUAAAUACAAGAAUAAAGGCGAUAAAACAGAGAUAUUUAGAUUUUUGUGUAAAAAAUACAAAAUUAAAGAAUCUUUUUACAUGGUCUCAUUACAUGUAGAAAAAAUUGUUAAAAAAAUUCGUGAGUAUGAUAGAAUUACUCAAGACGUAAAAGGAGAUUGAUCAGGAUAUGAUGUAUAUAAAGAAGGCCCGAUUAAAUCACAAGAAUAUAAAGAUGAGCUUGAUAAGAUGAAUUACAUAAUUUGGAGUUCCGGGAUAUGAGGGAAAAUGCAGAAAAUAAAAUAUCCUUUGUUUGUUCUAAUGAAGAGCAAACUUUUUAAUUUCAUUAUGGUGCUUUGUGUUGUUGCUAAUACAGCAGUUUUGUCAAGCAAUUAUUAUGGAAUUGAUGAAGGGACUGACGCUAUUUUGACAAAAUUUAAUACUGCGUUUGCAUAUGUUUUUGUAGCUGAUAUGUUCUUGAAAGUAAUUGGUCUUGGCAUAAAAGAGUACUGCAGGGAUAAAAUGAAUUAUUUUGAUGCAAUAGUAAGCAUUUUUGGGUUGCUUGAAAUAAUAUUCUCGAGCUCUGGGUCAACAAUUAGUGUGCUAAGGGCAAUAAAAGUGUUGAGGAAUUUGCGAGUAAUAAGAGUUGUUAGAAUGUUUAGAUAUUUACAAUCAAUGUCACAUAUAAUUAACAAGCUCUCAAAAAAUAUCGGCAACUUAUUUUAUUUGCUGCUUUUUGUUAUGCUUUUUUUAUUGAUUUUUACUAUCAUUGGGAUCCAAAUUUUUUCAGGGAAGCUUAAUUUUAAAGAAAACUACUACAAAUAUAAUUUCGAUAAUUUCCAUUUUUCUUUUUUAUCAAUUUUUCAAAUAAUGACAGAAGAAAACUGGAAUAUAAUUGAAGUCGCUGUAAUGCGCUCUCAGCAAGGAUAUAUUUCAGUUAUAUUUCCUUGCAUAUGACUAGUGUUAGGAAAUUAUAUCCUACUUAAUUUAUUUUUGGCGCUUGUGCUAGAAAUGUUUGCAAAUGAAGAACCUGACGAUUAUCUAUCGACAGUGCACUUAUCGCCUGCUAAUUCAAAGAGCAAAAGCUUUUUGUCUUCGAUUUCGUCAAGGACUAAAAAGAGGAAAGAGCAAAAAAUGAAAAUGAUUGAGGCAUUAAAUCUAAGUGAGAGCGGAGAAUGAAGCAAAACUUUGGAAGACUUGAGAAGAGCAAGUGUAAGGAGAAAGGAAAGAACUUUUUAUGUUGGAAUUGAAUGCGAAAAAAGCUUUUAUCUUUUUACCAAAACAAAUCGAUUCAGGCUAUUUUGCCACAGAUUAUCAAGUAGUCAAAGUUUUGAAAAUUUUAUAUUAGUUAUGAUAUCUUUAAGCACAAUUUCCUUGAUUUGAGAUACUUAUUUAAUUGAUCUCCCAGAAAAUGACCCAAAAGUCGAAGUUUCAGGUUUUUUUGAUAUAAUUUUUAUAACGGUAUUUGGAUUAGAAAUGAUAAUAAAGCAGGUCUCAAUGGGUGUCCUUUUUGAUAAAGGGUCCUACUUAAGAAACUCUUGAUGCCAAUUAGAUCUGUGCAUUUUAUUAUUAUCAAUCACUGACCAAUGUCUAUCAACUGUAAAUAUUUCAUUUAUACGUGUUCUAAGACUUUUAAGAACUUUACGGCCAUUGAGAAUUAUUAGUCAUAAUGUUUCAAUGAAAAUAAUGAUAAAUGCCCUCGUAGAAUCUUUAGUUUCUGUAUUUAAUGUAGCUAUUGUCAUGCUGGUUUGCUGAUUGAUUUUUGCCAUCCUUGGUGUUUCUUUAUUUGCUGGAACGCUGUACAGCUGUGAAAACCCUAAUAUCGAAAAUCAAGUUGAUUGUGAAAAAAACGGAUAUAACUGGACUGUCUUUGACUUUAACUUUGAUAAUGUUUUGGAAGCCAUGGUUUCUUUAUUUGUUUUAACUUCCCAAGAAAGUUGAACAGAUUAUAUGUAUGCUGGCUGCUCAGCUUAUGAGCCAGGCCACGCUCCUAUAGUUAAUUAUAAUCCGGGCGCUGCUUAUUAUUUUGUAGUCCAUAUGUUUAUUUCUUCAAUAUUUUUUAUCAAUUUAUUAUCUGGUGUAAUUUUCGAAAAAUUCAACGACGCCAAAAGAAAUGAAAGCUCUUUAGCUGCGCUUAUUUUAACAAAGGACCAAAUGCUCUGACCCAUCCCCUUUAAAAUUAAAAGACAUAUAGCAAAUUCUCCAUUUUUUUGGAUGAGAAAAAAUUUUUUAGGUGAAAGUACUAAUUUUUAUAAAUAGAAUGCUAUUUGAAGAGUUUUUACAAUGAAUAAAUUAAUUUAUUUAAUUAAUUCUUCAUAUAAUAAUAAAAUGGCUUCGGCGGAUAGGGUAAUUCACUCCGUGAAUUCCCUCUCCUUCUCACCCGCUUUUAUUAUUAUAGGGCUAGGUUUUUACACGUGGACUUCUGUACAAGGUGGUGUAAAAUGGCGAGGACUUUUUAUCUCGCCAGCCUUAUACAGCGUGUUUUUUACCUCUUUCCCCUGCUGAUAUAAAAGGCAGGACCCUUAGGCCGAACAGGCGCUGGAGGAAGUCGGACAGAGCGAGGAAACGCGCCAAGCCGCUAGUAUUUCCCGUACUCCUGAAUUCCCAAACGACUUCACGGGGAUUAGAAGGAGCGAGCCGUACGACUCGAGUACGCGAGUAGCGACAGGACGGAGAAAAAAAUAUGCCCUUGCGGCAUUGUGCAUCUAGGGGCCCAACUAGAGGUCGAGUUAAAUUAAGUAAUUAAGUAAGUAAGAAUUAAUUCUUCAUAAAUUUAUAUCUUGUACAAUUUAUAUUUAUUUUAAAUUUAAAAAAAAAAAAUUAAACCCCCAUUAAAUUGGCGCAGAAUUUUGGUUCUAAUUUAAACGGGAGAGUGAGUGGAAAUUCAAUCCUUAAUAGCUCAAUCAAAGCCUCAAUUAGACACCCCACAAAAGCCCAAAAAUAAAUUUCAAAUAUUCUUUUACGUGAUUUCAACACAUUGGAUUUUUGAAUCAUUCAUUCUUGUUUGCAUCAUAUUGAAUUUCAUACAAAUGUCAUUAUAUUACGAUGAAGCCUCAGACACUUAUAAUUAUGUGCUAGAAAUAUUUAACUUUAUAUUCACUUCUAUUUUUAUAGUAGAAGCAGUAAUUAAAAUAUCAGGCUCAGGGAUCAAUUAUUUCAAAGACAGGUGAAAUAGAUUUGAUUUUCUAGUCGCUUGUGUUUCGAUAGCGGAUUUAAUAAUGGAAUAUAUUGUGAAUAAUGGAAAUAAGUAUAUGAAAAUUGCUCCCCAGUUGGUAAGGGCAUUAAGAGUUAUAAGGGUAACACGAGUUAUUAGGCUAAUCAAAAGGUUCCAAUCUCUUCAAGAUUUAAUUACGCUCUUGUCUUAUUCGAUCCCUUCUAUUAUGAACGUGACAGCAAUAUUGUUGCUUAUUUAUAUAAUUUAUGCGAUUUUAGGUGUUUAUCUCUUCCAUUCGAUUGACAGUGGCCAAAAUUUCGAUUCUUACAAUAACAUGCACAAUUUUGACAAAGCCUUGGUUAAACUAUUUAGACACUCCACUGGUGAAGACUGGCCAUUAGCUAUGUUUGAUUGUGCUCACUCUUCAGGUAAAAUUGUAUCAUAUUUGUAUUGGAUAUCCUUUAUUUCUUUAACAACAUUUAUUCUUUUGAAUGUUUUUGUGAUGGUGAUUAUCCAAAAUUACAAUGAUUUUAAAACUGAUGCUAAAAGUGUAGUUGCGAUAUUUAAUAAUGAUGUAAAAAUUUUUAAGAAAAUUUGAUCAUUAUUGACAGUUACAGAUUUAGGGUUAAGAAUGCACUAUAAAUUUUUAGUUGAGUUUAUGUAUAGGCUAGGCGAAGAAUUAGGAGUUCCUAUGUAUUACCCACAUGAAAAAGUCAUUAAAUUAUUAUCAAUUAUGGAUUUAGAUAUAGAUGCUGAUGGAUAUGUAUAUUACAACGAUAUGCUCUUUGCUGUCAUGAAAAGAAAGCACACAAGAGAAUUAAUUAAAAAUUUGGAUGAAAGAUCUAGAAAAUUGAUAAGAAAAGAAGAAAAUUCAACAUGGAAAAAAUUAAGCCAAAUAAAAGAAAAAUCAAUGUCUCAUUUUUAUAGUGAAGCUCAUGUAAGAAAUAUAUAGAAAAACAAGCUGAAAAAAAUGAAAAAGACAAACCUGUUUUUUGCCAUGAUUUAUGCAAAAAGUGUGUUUAAAAGCUGAAAAAACUAUACUAUGAAAAAAAGAAAUAAAAUAUCCGGAUCGGUUAGUAUUACACCAUUGUUUUCAGAAGUAGUGUAUCCUGGAGAAAAUUCUAUAAGCUCUAUUAAUGAUCUUACUCCCCCCCCCCCUCCGUGAGCGAACAAAAAAAUUUUGUUCACUCACGGAGGGGGGUUAAUUUUUUUUUUAAAAACAAUUUAUAUAUAAAUUUUAUAAAAAAUAUUUUUUUCGAAAAUUUAAAAAAAAUCCUAAUUUGCAAAAAUUGGGAAGCAAAUAUUAAUUUAAUUUGCAAAAUUUAUGUUUUUAAAACGCAAUUUGUUUAAAAUUAAACAGAAUUAGCUCUAGAUUUCAUUAUACUAAUUAUCACUUAUAUAGCAAAAUUUUUUUCUAUUAAAAUUUUUUCUAUUAAAAAUAUUUUUGUUCACUCACGGAGGGUGGGUUUUUGGUCAAAAAAUGGCGAUUUUUCUAAUGGUUUUGUUCGCUCACGGAGGGGGGGGGGAGUUAGUAGCGAGGAUAAUCAAAUAGGCAACAUAGGAGAAUAA